AUGUCUUCCUCUCUCUCCCUAAUAGCACAGUACUUGGCUACUGAAAAGAGAGUGGAGAUUGCUGAAAAAUUGUCAGCAGACAUUUCUAGCAACCCCGAAGCCAUCGAUGCCCUCUGCCAAAUCCUAGAUGUUCUAGACUUGGAGGAGAGUCUGACAGUAUUUGCCAAUAUUCUUGACUACUCCACAAAGAUUAUAUAUUCAGCAACUUCAGAAGAAGAAGACGAAGAAUCUGUUGACUAUGCUAAUGUUUUGAAGUUUGCUGCAAAAUUACCCAAAUUGCGCCAGCAGUUGCUCUCCAAGAUCCUAUCCAGCUUGAAGACAUACAUCCAUGAGAACCAUAACUUUAUUCCCGAAUUCGACCUGAUUGUAGAAGUCCAAAAUAGUCUGGCUUCUGAUUAUACCGAACCAAUCGAAAUUUCUAAUGAUUUAGUUUUGUCUCUUUUCAGUUUCUUGCAUUCUUUCUUCGUCGCAAUUCCUGAUAUAGGAGACCUAGACCAAAGCAUAGACUCAGUUCUCCUCAAGCUUUUGAGUAUCAAUGAUGAGAAAAUCUCGUCUAUAAUCUCGAAGUUGUUACGAUGGAGAAUCUCAUACAUCGCUGAAAAAAUUGACAACUCGGAUAUGCUCUGGAAGAUCAUUUUUGCUUUGGAAAGCUCUGGAAAGAAGUACCACAAGAGCCACGCUUUCAUCUUGUGGUUGCGGUAUCUUGAUAGCGGCCUUGCCCAUUAUGAAGUCUACCAAAACAUCGUGAAAACGGAACGAUACUGGAAAGUCUUGCAAAGUGGAUUAAUCAGCGACUCUCAUGAAUUUAGAAAAUUCUGUUUGUCUAUCCUCCAGCUUUCUGUCAAGCUGAUCAAUUGCUCGUUUGAGAAUAGUAUAAUGUCCUGGGAUUCCACCAAAAGUUCAUUGUAUUUAAGCGAAUGGGCCAGGUAUUGUACCUUGUUUGAAAUAAUGGCUAUUGAUACAUCCUUGCACCAGGCAGAAGCCGGUCGCAGAGAUAUUACAGGGCUAAUCUCUCCUCAAUCAUUUAUUCACCCCUCGUGGGGUUUCUGUUUACUUUCUACUGGAUUCAAGGCUAGCAUGGACUCAGUUCGAAAGUUUUCUCUUGAUCUUUUGUUGUCGAUUCCAGAUGAGCAUCUUCAUCUUAUCAAGUAUGGUUUGAAGUUCUUAGAAGAAGUCUACUUGCCCUAUGCCAUGUUAGCUCCUCAUUAUGCUGUAAGACCUGAAGAUGGUGUCAACAAGUGUAUCUUCGGAGAAAUCAUGACCAAAUUUAUUGCCAACUUACUAGUUAACCUCACGUCCGAAAAGGAGUAUCAAGAUGUAGCAUUGUCGAUUUUGAACGUAUUAGAAAACCUCAAGGAAACUUUCGAUCCUUCGAGAAUCUACAUUGCUCAUGGAUUACUCUUGGGUUUGUCUAAUAAGAUGGUUUUGCGAUUCGAUAUUCAUAGGAGCGUCUUGCUCAAGAUCUUUGAAGUAAAUGCUGAAGGUGACUUAUUCGAAAAGGUUAUUCAGACCAUCAACUUCAGAAUCUUAUUGCACUUUAAGAUUACACAAAAUACAUUAUUAUCAUUCUUUGAAUUAUUAAACUUGUUCAUCAGAUUCAAUGGUAACCAAAUUGUCAAUGAGAAUUUUACCUUGAUUCAGGAAUACCUCCAGACAAAUGAAAUUGAUAGUCAGUCAUUGUUCAGCCUCCUUAAAGAUGAAAAUGUCACUGGUGAUCUUAAGGCUUUGAUUAUAAAGGUUCUAAACAGCAGUCAAGACCAGCUUUUAUGUUAUUUGAGCAACUGUUCAGGAGAAACGAUUGCCCAAGUGAUUCAAUCUUCUUCUGAACUCUCCAUUUUGUCUAGUCCACAGUUGGUUGAAUUAUUCAACAAAAUCAUAACCCAGAAACCAUCUUCUGUUAUUUAUUCUUCAUUGGCAACUGUUGAUUUUGAAAAUCUUCAAGCUCUUAUCCCUUCAAAAUCUUACAUUUCUGACCUCUGGAAGUCGAUUAUUUCAGAAAGUCAAUCAGACGAAUUACCUGUCUUAGAGUUGAUGUUACAAAAGCAUAAGUUCUUCAAUAAUAUCUAUGCGCAUUCUACUUCAGUUGUUAUGGAUUUCGUCGGUUUGGUUGAGUUAGAAACCAAGAUUCUUUCUAAAUCAUCAAAACUUGUUAAGUCCGUUAAAGAAUUUUACAAGUUGAAGGAGGAAAUAUAUGGUGAAUAUUAUAAGACCCUCGAAAUCACUAGUACCAAGAGCAAGGGUUAUUCGAUUGAAGACAUAUUGAAAGUGUUGAAUUCCGAUUCUUCUAAUCAUAGAGCCAAUUUUUCCAUGGUUCAACUUUUAAACAACUUCCUCUCUACUAACAAUGAUACUCAGAUUGCUUCAUUAAAAAAAGUUGUUAAAUUCCUUACGGACUUGUGGAAGUCUUUAGAUUCCUCUCGAUUACAAUUAAAUCAAAAGGACUUGCAUGUUUUGAUGAUCGAUACUAUCUUGCACCCUUCGUUGCUAUCUCUUUCAGUAGAUGAUGAUGAAACUUCACAAAAUUUGUUUGAAUUUGCCAUUUCUGUUCUUGAAAAUGCUCAAGGUAGAAGAAGUUUACUUCCAGCGUUAGCUAAGAAUCUUUCUACUUACCAAGUCGAACAACAUGAGAAAUUUGAAGCUCUACCAUGGGUAGUUGAAAUUUUGGUACGAGCAUUCAUUGUGUAUCAAAUAAGGAAUAAUGUUUUUAAGUUAGAGAACAUCAUUGGUGACAUUUACGACAGAAGGAUCUCUUUGACAAGUGGCUGUGAUCUUUACUCAUCAGUUUAUGGACCUGAAGAAGUGAGUGCAAAAAUAUAUUUAAUGGCCAUCUUCAACUCUGUAAAGACAUCCACAUUUGCUAACCAAAUAGUGAACUUCAUUUUCGAAAAUGAAAGAGAAUUCUAUUUCUUGCAAGUAAAUAAGUCUACCGACGGGUUUGAAGAAUGGAGAAGAAUUCAAUUAUUUACAAUCAUUGUCUCUGUUCUUGAUAUUGCUGGUUUCGAAGAUAAAUUGGAUACUUUAAUGGAACUUGUGGGCACUGAUCCAAGUCCUUUGGUAAGAGUUUUCAUUGAAUGGAUCCUUUCAUUUAACUUAUUGAAGAGCAAGAAAUAUGUUCAGCAGAUUCUUGAAGACUUGCUGAACGAAAAUGCCAAUCUCAAGCCUACUGUUAUUACUUCCUAUGAAAGAAUCAUUUUCCUUAUGAUACUGCAGUUGAGUCCAGAACAGGAGGUACAAGUAUUGCAAAACUUUUUGGCCGUUAUCAUCCCUGGAGCUACAUCAAAUAAGGCUGUCACAAGACAUUUCUCGUUGUCUUUGGUAGUUUCUAUCUACGAAGAAAUUGAAAGCAAGAAGUUGAAAAUUGAUUCUCAUUUGAAGGAGAUAGUUUUUAACAUGUACAAGAGUGCUUCUAGUUCUGAAUCAUAUGGCCAAUUCAGAAGUGGGGAUGCUCUCUUGUGGGAUAUUAAACAAGAUUUGUCUUUGGUGAGCAUAUCUGGGGGUGUAUUAAUGAGAGUUUCUGACAGAGAUAUUUUCGACUAUAUCUCCAGACAAUCAUACUUGAAAUACUUGACACCUCAACAGAGCCAGUUUUUGAACCAUGCUAUUGGCCUCGAGCACAAGGAUUUGUGGAUUAGAGAUAAGCUUAUUCAAAAGAGGUCAGUAGCCAAGACUGGUACCACUUCACAGUCACCUCUUCAAACCAAGAGUGGUGCCUGGAACACUGUCAUGGAUGUGGAUGAAACUACCAGAGGUAAGGAGGUUGUGAGAAGUGACUUAAUUGUCGUUUCUUCUUUGGUUGAUAAACCUCCCAACUUGGGUGGUAUCUGCAGAUUGUGUGAUGUUUUGGGUGCUGGGUUAUUGACGUUGAACGAUAUCAAGGUCAAGAGCCACCCACAGUUCAAAAACGUUGCCGUCACGGCAGACUAUUGGAUGCCUAUGAUUGAGGUGAAGCCUGAAGACAUCAAAAUGUAUCUUAGAGAAAAGAAGAGGGAGGGCUACACUUUGAUUGGUCUAGAACAAACCGACAAGUCUGUUGAGUUGAACAACGAGUUGCAGUUCCCUAAGAAGUCGUUGAUUCUUUUGGGUAGAGAAAAGGAGGGUGUUCCUGGUGAUUUGUUGGCAGAGCUUGACUUCUGUGUGGAGAUCAAACAGGUUGGUGUGAUCAGAUCGAUGAACAUUCAAACUGCGACUGCCAUCAUUGUCCACGCCUACUCUACACAACAUUGUUGA